GACAGAUGGGAUCCACACACACACCGGAAAACGGCACACGCCACUCCGUGCAGAAUUGAUCACGACUGAGACACAGAGAAAAACAGAGCGAAGCAUGGAAGAACAGGAAAGGGAGAAUCAAUGACAGAGACACGGAGGAGAGAAGAUGCCAAGGAAUAAGCCGGAUGGGAUUUGGAAACCUGGGCACCACACACACGCUUUUGAAAAAGAACGUCCUGAGGAUUGUCACUGCAGUUUGCUCGCACCCUUGGGAACUUUCUGGUGUUCCUGUUCUGUUCCUGUUACAGGAAAUGAUUACGUGAGUGACACAAGCAAAGAACAAACAACAACAACAACAAAAACUCAAGGACAAAUAUGAGACAUAAAAGUCAACUUGAAGAGGUGCAUUCCCCAAUCCUACCCUGUGAAGAUAUGUACACCAGAGAAGACUAUACUCUCAAGGUCUGAGUUAGAAGGCGGGGCAUUAAAGGUCUCGGGAUAUCUUCUCUCGGGCCAGCCUGAAGACUGUCUCCCAUGAACAUUUUAUUUGCCUGGCUAUUUUUAGAACAAAUAGAUGCUUUCUUGUCCGUGAAACUAUGAUGCAGACGUCUACAACACACUCACAAGCUUUCCUUGCAAAAGUUUCAUACUUGAGUGUAUACCAACUCUCUACAAUGUGUGUCUCUGCUAUCUUAAACUGUGCAAGGUCACCAAGGAUGCUCAUUGAGAGUCUAUGUGCCCCUGUGGACUAAUGGGGCUGAUGUUUAAGAUUCACCUAGUCCCUCUCUUGCACAUAAAGACAUUUGCUUAUAAAGACACUUUGGGCCAAAACCAGGAUCUACUCUGACAGGAUUAGUGCACAGACUUGUACAAAAAUUCUCAGUCAUGUGACCAGAAGAAAGGACCAGUCACAUGCUCUACUGCCAUCGGCUGGUCUAUUUAUUAUUUAUUUUUUGUUACUGCAGCAUUUAUCAUGUUAAGUGAAAGUGUUCCACAUAUUCAAAUAUUCUGAGUGCUGUAACUGAUUUUUUAUUCUACUUAAUUGUUCAUUUGCAUUGAAAAAAGGCAAAAAUAAAAAAAAGGCUAAAUUGUAUUUACAUCUAUGGUUCAUGAACUGCUCUUGGAUAACAUGGUGAGCAAAGAGCCCAAUCAUUUGCCAACUGUUCGCUGCCACAACAGUGGCAACCCAGACAAAACACCCAUCACUGUGACCGUGCGCUCUGUACUGCUCAACCGGAAUUCUCCGGAUAUUGAGAGCAGACUUAAACGCAGACGAAACCGCACACAGCAGGUACGCUUUAAAGAUUUGGAGGAUGAUGGUGAGUCCAAGGAUAAAAAUGAGAAAGUGAGGAGCAAGAGUCCAACAGAGGUGCCAAACUGGCAAAAGGAGUUGACUAAUGGGCCCUCUCUGGUGGGAUCAGUCUGUGGGGACAUGGAAAAGACAAUAGGGGCAGUGACUGCAUUUUUGAAGAGAGCGCCACCACAUCCACUUACUCCUGGGCCCAGCAGACGCUGCUGGGUCCCAACGCAUCCAUGUUCGUUCACACUGCCGCUACCAAGUCUGCCAUGCAGGAGUACGGCCAUUCAAACCUCACCCAGCUUGCAGAAACCUCCCUCGCUCUCCGCCACACAGACUCGCAGUCACAGUCUGGGAGGAGGCUGGGAUGAUGAAGAUCCCUCCCUUGAGCUGAUCGCACAGUUCAACUAUCCAUCUUGUAGAUCACUGAAAAGCCUAGUUCAACCAUGUACUCCCACUGAGCAAUCAAGGUGCCAAACAACUGAGGACAAUCUAACUGCCUCUUUGAGUACAUUAACAGCACAACUCCAGCCAUGUUCCUCUGCACCACAAAAACAGUAUAGAAGGAGAGGGCGGAGGAAGUACUUAAACAGAGCAGCAAGUGAUCCUGGGAAACCCAAGCCUCCUUGUACUUCCCCAACCAAAACUUCACCCACUAACAAAAUCCACCAAGAGUCUACCCAAUCCAAGAAAGCCCCUUCCAACUCCAUGGCUGACAGAACGUCAUUGUCAGAUCUGGUACCUCCACAGUAUUCCCCAACCCCCAACUUGGUCCAUAAUAUGCCAUCUAGUGUCUCCUCCACACAGACUGAACCAAGCUGUGAUUCUAAAGACCAAACGGUCCAAGACAGCACCAAUGCACCUUUCCAAACAAGUCUUUCCAACAGUACUUCUGUAUCUCCAGAGAUAGAAGCUGCUUCUUGCCCAUCUCAAAUGGCACCAUCCCCUCUACCAAUCUCUCAAAAUUCUUCCACUUGUCCCAAAGAAAAUGCAACUGUACCAAUACAAUGUUGCCCACUGCUGACUGUAGUUUCCUCUGCCUCUUUGUCACAAACAGAGCAUGCCAGUUUUGCCCAAACUCCAUCGGAGCGUUUGUGCUCUACAACAGCACAAGUCAUGUCCACAGUCACCACAUCCUCAACACACGUCCAAUCUUACAUGUCUCCUACUGUAACUACUUGCCGUUGUUGCAUGCCUGCUGUUCAAACCAUGGCAAAUCGGAAUACUCUCCCAAUUCCUGAGUCCCACUGCUUUCUUGAUUCACAAACAGAUCCUACAACACCUGCUCAAUCCAAGCCUUAUUGCCAGACAUUGGAGGAAGCCAUUCUAUGCUCCAACAAUGCAAGCCAAAAGGAAGCUUCCUGUUGUCAAGGAGUACCUGCUGUUGCCUCAGCAAUCAGAAAAAAGACUCCAACACAACCCAUGACAUGCAGUAACGCCCCUCAUCAACCUUUCUACUCUGUAAUAUCUCCAACACAAGCUAUAAUUCCUAUUCAAUCUACUACUCCUACUCCUGUGCAAACUACUACUAUGACAUCAACACACACUUUAACACCUAUUCAAGCUACACCAUACCGUGAACAAGACAAACCAGGUUCCACAACAACCUUUAGCUCUCCUAUACAACAUGCACCAUCUCAUAAUAUUCCAACACAAACACUCCCUCACAGUGUGACGGCAUUUCCUCCAUUUCCUCGGGGGACACCCUGUGCCAUUACUCCACACAUUGCAUCACAGUUUAAGGGUCCUGUUCUAUCUGCGGCACACAUGUGCAUUUUGGAUUCUCAAAAUGUGCCCGUUCUUAUUUGCAGCCCUUCCACACAACCUGUGCCAGGUAAAACCACUGUACAAACAUUGCCACACUGCAACUCUAAUGUGCAAAAUCCAAUGUCUUGCAACAACCCCUCUCAAAUACUGCAAAAUUUUAAGACUCCAACACAAACAGUUCCACACUCCAAGUCAUUUCCUCAAAAUAUGUCACCUAUUCUUGGUCUAUGUGAGCCUGUCGUGUACAAUAGUAAUCCCCAGAAAACUGUGCCUCCCUCUGCCAAUUUCAGGCAUUCCUUAAUUCCGUAUGCUUGCCCUCCACAGACUGCUCUGCUGUACUCUAACACUGGAAUGAGCUCUUCUCCUCCUCAGGCCUUCUGCACUCAGGACAGACGAGACCGGAGAGAGUAUAUGCUCCCUCCACCACCUCCUCCUCCACCUCCUCCAUACACACCCCGCAAAGAGGGCUCCUCAACUCCAGGACAACCCAGCAAGCCUUCUGUCUCCAAAGUUGAGAACAAAAACACGGAAAAGACCAGAGGGAAAACUGGGGUCACAAAGCUAAAUGCUGAAGCAAGUACUCGCCAUAAGGGAGGUGAAACUCCACCUCCUAUUCCUCCCAAAACUAAGGCAAGAGCUACGGUGAGGCCCACCUGUGUAAGUGGUCGACAUGCAAUCCUUGGCCCUGAAUCCCAGUCCAGUGCAAACAACCUUCCCGCUCCUGCUGGGAUGAAUCCCCAGGCCUCUCUUGUUCCAGCGGAGGGUCAGGCAGACACACUGCGGCAGGUGCAGGAGUUGCUGGGAGGGCUCAUGUCUGGGGCUAAGUGUAAGCUGGACCUGGCAAAGGCAAAAGAGAAACUGUUUGGCCCAAAUGGCCCUCUGUAUGACAUUGGGACUCUGCAGUCUCAGCUACACAGCCUGGAAGGGGUGCUGGAGACUAGCCAGAACACAAUCAAGGUUUUACUGGAUGUCAUUCAGGAUCUAGAGAAGAAGGAGGCCGAGCGAGAUGGAAGACACUCGUACCGAACAGGACAGGACAUAGAGAACUGCGGCACCUGCAGAGACUGUGCCUGUAUUAUAUACAGUGUGGAGCAUGACUUCCGUCUUCAGGAGGGUCAGGUGACUCGGGUGUGGAAGGUUCCGGAGCAGAAGGAAUCAGAGCAGAGUUCUCCUCAGCUCGUCUUUCCUCCUCAGCGUCAACAGGACUCACCGCAGGCCCUGCAGACGGUCAAGAAGAGCCGCAGGAAAUGCUUCUGGUUUCUUUGAACUCUCAGUUAGCAGGAUGUGAUGUCGUUAGUCAACACAAGCCCCGUUUGAAACCAACACCGAGCCUCUUACCUUCAGGUCCUCCAAUUAUUCUCUUUCAGAGAUGCUUUAUCCACUGGACAUCUCUUGACUUGGAGCCUUUGUUUAUAUUGUGUCAGCAUAAUGUCUUCUGUCAUUUUCACAGAGGUACAUUUUUAAACUGCGAUUAAUGUUGUGGCCAGAUUUACAGUUCAUGGAGUGAGUUAAUUUAUGUCUCAAAAACUCCCCUUAAAGGAAUGGUUCACCCAAAAAUGAAAAUUCUGUUAUUAUUUACUCACCCUCUUAUUGUUUUAAUAUGCUUUAGUUUUCCAAGAAACACAAUAGGAGAAUUUUGGAAGAAUCCUCGUUUAAAAAACUUGUGUGCUACAUUUAGGGUUGCAAACUGUUUGCUAAGCGAAUACGGGACACUUGAGUGUUUUGAGUGCUUCAAUAGGGGAUGGGGGUUCCCCCUUAAAGGUAUAGUUCACCCAAAUCUCAUCAUUUACUCACCCUCAUGCAUCCCAGAUGUGUAUGACUUUCUUUUCAUCUGCAGAAACAAAGAUUUUUAGAAGAAUAUUUCAGCUCUGUAGGUCCAUACAAUGCAAGUAAAGAGGGUCCAAAACUUUGAAGCUUAAAAAGCACAUAAAAGCAGCAUAAAAGUUAUCCUUAUGACUCCAGUGGUUAAAUCCAUGUCUUCAAAAGUAAUGUCAAUCCUAUGAAUUCGACUCCCUGCCCAGUAGGUGGCCAAAAUCAAUAAAAGGAAGAAAGUGAAAGUGGAGAUUUUUAGUAAAAAAAGUACUUAAAUAUUGAUCUUUUUCUCAACCACAUUUAUCAUAUCACUUCUGAAGACAGAUUUAUCUGCUGGAGUCAUUUGGAUUUCUUUUAUGCUGCCUAUAUGUGCUUUAUGGUCUUCAAAGAUUUAGACCCUAUUGACUUGUAUGAACCUACAGAGCUAAAAUAUUCUUCCAAAAUUCUUCUUUGUUUUCAGCAAAAAGAACGAAAGCCAUUCACAUCUAGGAUGGUAUGAGGGUGAGUAAAUGAUGAGAGAAUUUUCAUUUUUGGGUGAACUAUCCCUUAAAGCAUUUUGCUUUCCGACUGGAGAAGGGCGGUCCCCCUUGAUUUUUUUCGCUUCAAUAUGAGCCUUUGAAAUGGUAAGUUUCACCAUUCGUCCGGGGGUAGGGGGUCCCUCUUGCAUGCCUCCAGCUAAAAAAUGGUACAACAGGUGUAAUUUUGUCUCGGCUUGUUUGUGACAAUUGGCAACCCUAUCUAUAUUUCAACUCUUCUGAAGCCACACACUAUUCACUGAUAAUCUUCCAUUCCACCAAAGCUUUGAAAUCCUUUUUGGUCCUUUUUGGAGCUUGAUAGCCAUGGUCACCAUUAACUGUUGUUGUAUGGAAUAGAGCUGCGUAUAAAAGUUUAUAUUUUGGUUUUGGAACAACAUGAGGGUGAGUAAAUGAUGACAUAAUUUUCAUUUCGGGGUGAAUUAAGAGUUUAAACCAGAAGCUUAGAUGAAGCUUCCUGUUGUUUUUUUGUGUCCCUUUUAAUCAAUUAUUACUACCUGAAGAGAAAUGAACUUCAGAGAAAGAUAUGACUGAUCCACAGUGACGGGAGGAGACAGGAAGUUAAGAAGAGACGUUCUUCUGGACGUUUUUUAAAGAGAGAGAGAGAGAGAGAGACAGAAAAUAACAGAGACAUGAGUAAAAAAAAGAAGGCGAGAUUGCUGAUUCAUCAUUUUUGGAGCAAUGAGGGUCAAACCACCAGCUUUUAUAUGAUGAAAAUGUUUCAAGAAAUCAGUUAUUUACUACUAAUUAUUAUUAUUACAUGCUUAACGCUUUUAUGUAGAUAAUCUAACAGCUAUACACGCACUGCAAUAUUUAAAGCAGAGAUAAUGAGAACAGAGUGGAUUUAAGAAGUGUGCCGUUUCAUUCUUUGUGAAAGCAUAAUUUCAAAAUCUAUUAAAAAGCUCUAUAAAA